AUGGCCGCCCCGGGAGAUGAUGGUGCGUGGAAGGGCGAGUACCACGUUACUUACCUGCACAGGUACCUUGCCGGCCUGCUGCCCCUGAGUGAUGUGGCCAGGCCAGUGGAGGGGGCAAGCACAGAAAGCAGGACAAGAACAUGGGCCCGGCCGUAUGGCUGGCUACGUAUGGUUAGCCUCCCACGGCAGCAGACCCCCAUGCAACCUGUAUGCAAGGUCCCCUCCAUCCAACUUCCCCCUCCCCAUCCAACCUCCCCCUCCCCGUCCACCCUGACUCGUGGUCUGGCGCGCCCCGAGCCAGCCGUCGCGCUUAUCCUCCUCACCCGUUACCCGCUGCAACCAGAGGACACGGUGGUGGUGGUGGUGGUGCCGUCAGUGACGCUGGGGCCAGCCUGCUUCUAG